AUGAUUUCUGAGCCUAGGAGGCUGGGGACUAGCUUGCUAGUCAUUGGCCAUUGCCCAGACUGUACCCUCUACAUCUCAGGUGGCAUAUGGCCUUUGGCAUUUUUAGAAUUUCUAAAUCUUGGUUGCAAUUUACUCACAGAACUGAGCUUUGGAACGUUUCAGGCCUGGCAUGGAAUGCAGUUUUUACACAAGUUAAUUCUCAAUCGUAAUCCUUUGCCAACAGUUGAAGAUUCUUGUCUUUUUAAAGUGCCAGCAUUAAACUCUUUAGACAUGGGAACAGCACAAGUGUCACUUACCGCAAUGGAAAGCAUCCUCAUGAUGACCCUUGAAUUGGAAACACUGAUCUUACCCAGCCGUAGGGCCUGCUGCCUCUGCCAAUUUAAAAAUACUAUUGAGGUUGUCUGUGAGACAGUCAAGCUGCGUUGUGACAGUGAACGCCUGAGGGAUGUCACACGUUGUGAUGAAGAAACAUCUAUAGAGAAUGCAGGAGGAUCGUUGAUGAAGGUGUUACAAGCCCAGAAGAAGAACAACAGCACCGAGCUGACUAUUGAGUCAGACAGGAUGUCCUCACCUAACAGUGCUGUCAGCUUGUCAGGCUUCAUGAAUGAGCAGCUGGACUUUAAUAAUAAAAGUGAUAUUAUCAGUACACUAAAUUACAUACUGCCUUAUAUCUCAGAGGGAAAUCUAGGAGAUGUGGAAUCAACAUUAUUACCAUUCAUUCAACUUCUUUUUUCAAAUACACAAGAUGGACAUAUGCCGCUGGGCCGUUUGAAAAACAAUACAAGGAGCCCUUCUGUUAAACCUGUACCCAACAAUUCAACUAAAAAAAAAAAAUUGAGGGAACUCCAUUUUGUGGAAAAUUUGUUAGAUGCAGAAACUCAAGAAAAAAUUGAUGAGGUUAAAAAGGAAGAAAAACCUGCCACGUGUACGCGUUGCAACCUUUUAAGUGCCAUGUUUACACGCUACAUCUUUCAAAAGAAAUUAGAAACUGCCCAACCACAGAAAGACAGCCUAGCAAAGAUUGAGAGUACAGAGGAAAAGCUGGUGAGAGUGAACAAGGUCCUAAGGGGCAUACAGAAAAUGCACCUCAAAGCAGUGGGAGAUGAGAGCGUCAGGAGGAAACAGAAUGCCCAGCCAUCUGUGGCGAACACUGCCAAAGAAUGAAAGCUCAGGAGGCCAUCCCCAAGAAAGCUGAAACAGCUCCUCAUGGUGCAGAGGCCCAGGAAGCUGGUGGGAAAGUCCUCCGAUGCAGAGUCUUCAUUCAUAAAGGAACACAAGGCCGCAGGCUCCUCUCCCCUCAAACCGUACUUCAAGGGCAGGCCUUGUGCCUCCAUCCCGCCAAAAUCCCCAUCUGAGGUUAAAAGCAAAUCAAAAGACUUAUCCAACGCUAUUCAUGUUUUCGAAGAUGCAAAGGCAAGAGUUAGAAAUAUUAAGGACUUCGAAUUAAUCUCACAUUCUGGAAAAAAAUACAUCUUCCAUAAAAUUAGGUCUCAUCGGGUCCACAGAAAACCCAAAAAAAAAGGGAGUCGAAAGUUCAGAAAGAAAAGUUCACUUGAUAGAGUGAUGCUUGCAAGCCCUCCGUUCUCUGUCGUGAGGAGUCUCAUAAAUUCCCCUCCACGAGAGGCUGUUUCAUCUUCAGGAGAAGUGACUUCUCAGGAAAAUCCUUUUCCAGAAUUAUUUUCUCUUUCAGACCCUUCUGCAGAAAACACUACUUCAGAAAACAAUACUGCACAAAAUGUUUCUGGAGCAAUUAUUUCUACAGGAAACGCUACUCUGCCAGGAGGAACCGGCCCUGGAAACACUAGCCAUAGGAACGUCUCCACUGCACAUUCUACUGUCGCUGCAGACAACAGUAUGCCAGCUGUUCAACACAGCAACAAAACACAAUGGGAGCACCACAACAUGGUCACUGAAUUAUCCUCUAAGCCCACAGGCUUCACUUUCCCAGGGCUCGCAUCCCCGGGUGAUCAAGUUGAAACUCAGCUAAACCAGCAGCUCUGGUCCCUCAUCCCCAACAAUGACGUGCAAAGGCUCAUUUCUCAUGUUAUCCAGACUUUGAAAAUAGACUGCUCGGACACCCACGUGCAGCUGGCCUGUGCCAACCUCAUCUCUAGAACAGGCCUCCUGAUGAAGCUUCUCAGCAAGCAGCAAGAAGUAAAUGUGUCCAAAGCGGAAUGGGAUAUGGACCAGUGGAAAGCUGACAACUCUAUCAGUGAGAGCACAGAAGCCCAGAGUGAGCAGAAAGAGCAGGAGUCAAGUGAGCUCACAAAAGAAGUUCCAGGUUAUGACUAUAACAACAAACUCAUCUUGGCAGUAUCUGUACCUGUAGUAGUGACGAUUUGUGUUAGAAUUCUCUGUCUCACUGAGAUUUCUUCUCCUAGAAUUUCAAAAGAGGAAGAUAGAAAAAGAAGCAGAAGGAGGGCUUUUUCGGGAGAAGGCGGCCACUUUGGCUUAGGGGUAUGUAUAGGCCUCUCAGCGCCACACGCAAGGAACACAUGACCCAAAAGCUACACGACAGGGAGUCUUCUGCUGAGGAUGAGAUAUUUCUGCAUCCCAGCAGGAGAGGCCCCUGCUCAGCAUCCACAGACCCCUGAGGACGUUGAAUCUUUUUCACCCCAGGCAGAGGCCCAGGCUCAGCAUGCAGAGCCCACUGUGGAGGUAGAACCACCUCCACUUCCGCAGGAGGCUCCAUCUCAGCCUUCAGAGGCCCCUGAGGAACUAGAAACUUCAAGUCCUCAGGAGGCCCUCGCCCGGCCUUUGGAGACACUUAAGGAGGUCACUAAAGAGGUUGAACCUUCUCCAGUCCAGCAGAAGACCCCACCUCAGCCUCCAGAGCUCCUUAAGGAAGUUGUAGCUCAGUCUCCAUUGUAUCCCGAGGUGACAGUUCCAGCACAGAGCAGAAUCAUGCUGAGCAUCCAACAUCCCCCAGGAUCAAGAGCAGUGGUUCUCAACCAGGGAUUUCCCAAAGUAGAUGAGGUUCAGGCCCCACAAAUCCUUGAUUCAUCACCGGGUGUCAGGAUCUUACCCAGCCGUAGGGCCUGCUGCCUCUGCCAAUUUAAAAAUACUAUUGAGGUUGUCUGUGAGACAGUCAAGCUGCGUUGUGACAGUGAACGCCUGAGGGACGUCACACGUUGUGAUGAAGAAACAUCUAUAGAGAAUGCAGGAGGAUCGUUGAUGAAGGUGUUACAAGCCCAGAAGAAGAACAACAGCACCGAGCUGACUAUUGAGUCAGAGAGGACGUCCUCACCUAACAGUGCUGUCAGCUUGUCAGGCUUCAUGAAUGAGCAGCUGGACUUUAAUAAUAAAAGUGAUAUUAUCAGGCUCGCAUCCCCGGGUGAUCAAGUUGAAACUCAGCUAAACCAGCAGCUCUGGUCCCUCAUCCCCAACAAUGACGUGCAAAGGCUCAUUUCUCAUGUUAUCCAGACUUUGAAAAUAGACUGCUCGGACACCCACGUGCAGCUGGCCUGUGCCAACCUCAUCUCUAGAACAGGCCUCCUGAUGAAGCUUCUCAGCAAGCAGCAAGAAGUAAAUGUGUCCAAAGCGGAAUGGGAUAUGGACCAGUGGAAAGCUGACAACUCUAUCAGUGAGAGCACAGAAGCCCAGAGUGAGCAGAAAGAGCAGGAGUCAAGUGAGCAGGAGGCCCAAACUCGUCAUCCGGAGCUCACUGAGGAGUCUGAAUCUUUACCUCAUCAAGAGGCCCCUGCUCAGCAUCCACAGACCCCUGAGGACGUUGAAUCUUUUUCACCCCAGGCAGAGGCCCAGGCUCAGCAUGCAGAGCCCACUGUGGAGGUAGAACCACCUCCACUUCCGCAGGAGGCUCCAUCUCAGCCUUCAGAGGCCCCUGAGGAACUAGAAACUUCAAGUCCUCAGGAGGCCCUCGCCCGGCCUUUGGAGACACUUAAGGAGGUCACUAAAGAGGUUGAACCUUCUCCAGUCCAGCAGAAGACCCCACCUCAGCCUCCAGAGCUCCUUAAGGAAGUUGUAGCUCAGUCUCCAUUGUAUCCCGAGGUGACAGUUCCAGCACAGAGCAGGAUCAUGCUGAGCAUCCAACAUCCCCCAGGAUCAAGAGCAGUGGUUCUCAACCAGGGAUUUCCCAAAGUAGAUGAGGUUCAGGCCCCACAAAUCCUUGAUUCAUCACCGGGUGUCAGGAGGGCUUUUUCGGGAGAAGGCGGCCACUUUGGCUUAGGGGAGGCCCAAACUCGUCAUCCAGAGCUCACUGAGGAGGCUGAAUCUUUACUUCAUCAAGAGGCCCCUGCUCAGCAUCCACAGACCCCUGAGGACGUUGAAUCUUUUUCACCCCAGGCAGAGGCCCAGGCUCAGCAUGCAGAGCCCACUGUGGAGGUAGAACCACCUCCACUUCCGCAGGAGGCUCCAUCUCAGCCUUCAGAGGCCCCUGAGGAACUAGAAACUUCAAGUCCUCAGGAGGCCCUCGCCCGGCCUUUGGAGACACUUAAGGAGGUCACUAAAGAGGUUGAACCUUCUCCAGUCCAGCAGAAGACCCCACCUCAGCCUCCAGAGCUCCUUAAGGAAGUUGUAGCUCAGUCUCCAUUGUAUCCCGAGGUGACAGUUCCAGCACAGAGCAGGAUCAUGCUGAGCAUCCAACAUCCCCCAGGAUCAAGAGCAGUGGUUCUCAACCAGGGUGAGUUUGCACACAGAAAUCUUGGUUGCAAUUUACUCACAGAACUGAGCUUUGGAACGUUUCAGGCCUGGCAUGGAAUGCAGUUUUUACACAAGAUAAUUCUCAAUCGUAAUCCUUUGCCAACAGUUGAAGAUUCUUGUCUUUUUAAAGUGCCAGCAUUAAACUCUUUAGACAUGGGAACAGCACAAGUGUCACUUACCGCAAUGGAAAGCAUCCUCAUGAUGACCCUUGAAUUGGAAACACUGAUCUUACCCAGCCGUAGGGCCUGCUGCCUCUGCCAAUUUAAAAAUACUAUUGAGGUUGUCUGUGAGACAGUCAAGCUGCGUUGUGACAGUGCACGCCUGAGGGACGUCACACGUUGUGAUGAAGAAACAUCUAUAGAGAAUGCAGGAGGAUCGUUGAUGAAGGUGUUACAAGCCCAGAAGGAGAACAACAGCACCGAGCUGACUAUUGAGUCAGAGAGGACGUCCUCACCUAACAGUGCUGUCAGCUUGUCAGGCUUCAUGAAUGAGCAGCUGGACUUUAAUAAUAAAAGUGAUAUUAUCAGUACACUAAAUUACAUACUGCCUUAUAUCUCAGAGGGAAAUCUAGGAGAUGUGGAAUCAACAUUAUUACCAUUCAUUCAACUUCUUUUUUCAAAUACACAAGAUGGACAUAUGCCGCUGGGCCUUUUGAAAAACAAUACAAGGAGCCCUUCUGUUAAACCUGUACCCAACAAUUCAACUAAAAAAAACAAAUUGAGGGAACUCCAUUCUGUGGAAAAUUUGUUAGAUGCAGAAACUCAAGAAAAAAUUGAUGAGGUUAAAAAGGAAGAAAAACCUGCCACGUGUACGCGUUGCAACCUUUUAAGUGCCAUGUUUACACGCUACAUCUUUCAAAAGAAAUUAGAAACUGCCCAACCACAGACAGACAGCCUAGCAAAGAUUGAGAGUACAGAGGAAAAGCUGGUGAGAGUGAACAAGGCCCUAAGGGGCAUACAGAAAAUGCACCUCAAAGCAGUGGGAGAUGAGAGCGUCAGGAGGAAACAGAAUGCCCAGCCAUCUGUGGCGAACACUGCCAAAGAAUGAAAGCUCAGGAGGCCAUCCCCAAGAAAGCUGAAACAGCUCCUCAUGGUGCAGAGGCCCAGGAAGCUGGUGGGAAAGUCCUCCGAUGCAGAGUCUUCAUUCAUAAAGGAACACAAGGCCGCAGGCUCCUCUCCCCUCAAACCGUACUUCAAGGGCAGGCCUUGUGCCUCCAUCCCGCCAAAAUCCCCAUCUGAGGUUAAAAGAAAAUCAAAAGACUUAUCCAACGCUAUUCAUGUUUUCGAAGAUGCAAAGGCAAGAGUUAGAAAUAUUAAGGACUUCGAAUUAAUCUCACAUUCUGGAAAAAAAAAAUACAUCUUCCAUAAAAUUAGGUCUCAUCGGGUCCACAGAAAACCCAAAAAAAAAGGGAGUCGAAAGUUCAGAAAGAAAAGUUCACUUGAUAGAGUGAUGCUUGCAAGCCCUCCGUUCUCUGUCGUGAGGAGUCUCAUAAAUUCCCCUCCACGAGAGGCUGUUUCAUCUUCAGGAGAAGUGACUUCUCAGGAAAAUCCUUUUCCAGAAUUAUUUUCUCUUUCAGACCCUUCUGCAGAAAACACUACUUCAGAAAACAAUACUGCACAAAAUGUUUCUGAAGCAAUUAUUUCUACAGGAAACGCUACUCUGCCAGGAGGAACCGGCCCUGGAAACACUAGCCAUAGGAACGUCUCCACUGCACAUUCUACUGUCGCUGCAGACAACAGUAUGCCAGCUGUUCAACACAGCAACAAAACACAAUGGGAGCACCACAACAUGGUCACUGAAUUAUCCUCUAAGCCCACAGGCUUCACUUUCCCAGGGCUCGCAUCCCCGGGUGAUCAAGUUGAAACUCAGCUAAACCAGCAGCUCUGGUCCCUCAUCCCCAACAAUGACGUGCAAAGGCUCAUUUCUCAUGUUAUCCAGACUUUGAAAAUAGACUGCUCGGACACCCACGUGCAGCUGGCCUGUGCCAACCUCAUCUCUAGAACAGGCCUCCUGAUGAAGCUUCUCAGCAAGCAGCAAGAAGUAAAUGUGUCCAAAGCGGAAUGGGAUAUGGACCAGUGGAAAGCUGACAACUCUAUCACUGAGAGCACAGAAGCCCAGAGUGAGCAGAAAGAGCAGGAGUCAAGUGAGCUCACAAAAGAAGUUCCAGGUUAUGACUAUAGCAACAAACUCAUCUUGGCAGUAUCUGUACCUGUAGUAGUGACGAUUUGUGUUAGAAUUCUCUGUCUCACUGAGAUUUCUUCUCCUAGAAUUGCAAAAGAUGAAGAUAGAAAAAGAUGCAGAAGGAGGGCUUUUUCGGGAGAAGGCGGCCACUUUGGCUUAGGGGUAUGUAUAGGCCUCUCAGCGCCACACGCAAGGAACACAUGACCCAAAAGCUACACGACAGGGAGUCUUCUGCUGAGGAUGAGAUAUUUCUGCAUCCCAGCAGAGGCCCAGGCUCAGCAUGCAGAGCCCACUGUGGAGGUAGAACCACCUCCACUUCCGCAGGAGGCUCCAUCUCAGCCUUCAGAGGCCCCUGAGGAACUAGAAACUUCAAGUCCUCAGGAGGCCCUCGCUCGGCCUUUGGAGACACUUAAGGAGGUCACUAAAGAGGUUGAACCUUCUCCAGUCCAGCAGAAGACCCCACCUCAGCCUCCAGAGCUCCUUAAGGAAGUUGUAGCUCAGUCUCCAUUGUAUCCCGAGGUGACAGUUCCAGCACAGAGCAGGAUCAUGCUGAGCAUCCAACAUCCCCCAGGAUCAAGAGCAGUGGUUCUCAACCAGGGUGAGUUUGCACACAGAAAUCUUGGUUGCAAUUUACUCACAGAACUGAGCUUUGGAACGUUUCAGGCCUGGCAUGGAAUGCAGUUUUUACACAAGUUAAUUCUCAAUCGUAAUCCUUUGCCAACAGUUGAAGAUUCUUGUCUUUUUAAAGUGCCAGCAUUAAACUCUUUAGACAUGGGAACAGCACAAGUGUCACUUACCGCAAUGGAAAGCAUCCUCAUGCUGACCCUUGAAUUGGAAACACUGAUCUUACCCAGCCGUAGGGCCUGCUGCCUCUGCCAAUUUAAAAAUACUAUUGAGGUUGUCUGUGAGACAGUCAAGCUGCGUUGUGACAGUGAACGCCUGAAGGACGUCACACGUUGUGAUGAAGAAACAUCUAUAGAGAAUGCAGGAGGAUCGUUGAUGAAGGUGUUACAAGCCCAGAAGAAGAACAACAGCACCGAGCUGACUAUUGAGUCAGAGAGGACGUCCUCACCUAACAGUGCUGUCAGCUUGUCAGGCUUCAUGAAUGAGCAGCUGGACUUUAAUAAUAAAAGUGAUAUUAUCAGUACACUAAAUUACAUACUGCCUUAUAUCUCAGAGGGAAAUCUAGGAGAUGUGGAAUCAACAUUAUUACCAUUCAUUCAACUUCUUUUUUCAAAUACACAAGAUGGACAUAUGCCGCUGGGCCUUUUGAAAAACAAUACAAGGAGCCCUUCUGUUAAACCUGUACCCAACAAUUCAACUAAAAAAAACAAAUUGAGGGAACUCCAUUUUGUGGAAAAUUUGUUAGAUGCAGAAACUCAAGAAAAAAUUGAUGAGGUUAAAAAGGAAGAAAAACCUGCCACGUGUACGCGUUGCAACCUUUUAAGUGCCAUGUUUACACGCUACAUCUUUCAAAAGAAGUUAGAAACUGCCCAACCACAGAAAGACAGCCUAGCAAAGAUUGAGAGUACAGAGGAAAAGCUGCUGAGAGUGAACAAGGUCCUAAGGGGCAUACAGAAAAUGCACCUCAAAGCAGUGGGAGAUGAGAGCGUCAGGAGGAAACAGAAUGCCCAGCCAUCUGUGGCGAACACUGCCAAAGAAUGAAAGCUCAGGAGGCCAUCCCCAAGAAAGCUGAAACAGCUCCUCACGGUGCAGAGGCCCAGGAAGCUGGUGGGAAAGUCCUCCGAUGCAGAGUCUUCAUUCAUAAAGGAACACAAGGCCGCAGGCUCCUCUCCCCUCAAACCGUACUUCAAGGGCAGGCCUUGUGCCUCCAUCCCGCCAAAAUCCCCAUCUGAGGUUAAAAGCAAAUCAAAAGACUUAUCCAACGCUAUUCAUGUUUUCGAAGAUGCAAAGGCAAGAGUUAGAAAUAUUAAGGACUUCGAGUUAAUCUCACAUUCUGGAAAAAAAUACAUCUUCCAUAAAAUUAGGUCUCAUCGGGUCCACAGAAAACCCAAAAAAAAAGGGAGUUGAAAGUUCAGAAAGAAAAGUUCACUUGAUAGAGUGAUGCUUGCAAGCCCUCCGUUCUCUGUCGUGAGGAGUCUCAUAAAUUCCCCUCCACGAGAGGCUGUUUCAUCUUCAGGAGAAGUGACUUCUCAGGAAAAUCCUUUUCCAGAAUUAUUUUCUCUUUCAGACCCUUCUGCAGAAAACACUACUUCAGAAAACAAUACUGCACAAAAUGUUUCUGAAGCAAUUAGUUCUACAGGAAACGCUACUCUGCCAGGAGGAACCGGCCCUGGAAACACUAGCCAUAGGAACGUCUCCACUGCACAUUCUACUGUUGCUGCAGACAACAGUAUGCCAGCUGUUCAACACAGCAACAAAACACAAUGGGAGCACCACAACAUGGUCACUGAAUUAUCCUCUAAGCCCACAGGCUUCACUUUCCCAGGGCUCGCAUCCCCGGGUGAUCAAGUUGAAACUCAGCUAAACCAGCAGCUCUGGUCCCUCAUCCCCAACAAUGACGUGCAAAGGCUCAUUUCUCAUGUUAUCCAGACUUUGAAAAUAGACUGCUCGGACACCCACGUGCAGCUGGCCUGUGCCAACCUCAUCUCUAGAACAGGCCUCCUGAUGAAGCUUCUCAGCAAGCAGCAAGAAGUAAAUGUGUCCAAAGCGGAAUGGGAUAUGGACCAGUGGAAAGCUGACAACUCUAUCAGUGAGAGCACAGAAGCCCAGAGUGAGCAGAAAGAGCAGGAGUCAAGUGAGCUCACAAAAGAAGUUCCAGGUUAUGACUAUAACAACAAACUCAUCUUGGCAGUAUCUGUACCUGUAGUAGUGACGAUUUGUGUUAGAAUUCUCUGUCUCAUUGAGAUUUCUUCUCCUAGAAUUUCAAAAGAGGAAGAUAGAAAAAGAAGCAGAAGGAGGGCUUUUUCGGGAGAAGGCGGCCACUUUGGCUUAGGGGUAUGUAUAGGCCUCUCAGCGCCACACGCAAGGAACACAUGACCCAAAAGCUACACGACAGGGAGUCUUCUGCUGAGGAUGAGAUAUUUCUGCAUCCCAGCAGAGGCCCAGGCUCAGCAUGCAGAGCCCACUGUGGAGGUAGAACCACCUCCACUUCCGCAGGAGGCUCCAUCUCAGCCUUCAGAGGCCCCUGAGGAACUAGAAACUUCAAGUCCUCAGGAGGCCCUCGCCCGGCCUUUGGAGACACUUAAGGAGGUCACUAAAGAGGUUGAACCUUCUCCAGUCCAGCAGAAGACCCCACCUCAGCCUCCAGAGCUCCUUAAGGAAGUUGUAGCUCAGUCUCCAUUGUAUCCCAAGGUGACAGUUCCAGCACAGAGCAGGAUCAUGCUGAGCAUCCAACAUCCCCCAGGAUCAAGAGCAGUGGUUCUCAACCAGGAUGAAGAAACAUCUAUAGAGAAUGCAGGAGGAUCGUUGAUGAAGGUGUUACAAGCCCAGAAGAAGAACAACAGCACCGAGCUGACUAUUGAGGCAGACAGGAUGUCCUCACCUAACAGUGCUGUCAGCUUGUCAGGCUUCAUGAAUGAGCAGCUGGACUUUAAUAAUAAAAGUGAUAUUAUCAAUGCAGAAACUCAAGAAAAAAUUGAUGAGGUUAAAAAGGAAGAAAAACCUGCCACGUGUACGCGUUGCAACCUUUUAAGUGCCAUGUUUACACGCUACAUCUUUCAAAAGAAGUUAGAAACUGCCCAACCACAGAAAGACAGCCUAGCAAAGAUUGAGAGUACAGAGGAAAAGCUGGUGAGAGUGAACAAGGUCCUCAAGGGGCAUACAGAAAAUGCACCUCAAAGCAGUGGGAGAUGA